ACAGGUCAACUGUUGCACCUUACAGCACAGAUAUUGAAUAUCAUUGUUAUUAAGGCCUCUGCAUGGAUCCAUCUGUGCAGUCUGUAAAGUAUAAACUUUCCUGUAAAGUAUAAAAAUAUUCCUGUGCCUUAGGCCACUGGAAAUAGGUUUAAAAUAGAUGGGCCAAAACUACAGUGUAGUAAAUUUCAUUAGUCUCAGACAUGGCUAGUUAAUUUACGUCGCAAGCAAUCCAAUCAAAUUAUUAUUAUUAUUAUUAUUAUUAUUAUUAUUAUUACGAAAUGUUACAUUAAUAACAAGAGUUUGAUCUUUGAACUUUCUCAGACUGCUGUUUGUAAAAAAAAAAAUACAUAAAAAUAAAAAAGUAGUGUUUGAUCCUUUUUAAAUGAAUAAGCUAACUAUGUGGCUUUACCACGGACUAAACAAUCCAUAUAUCCAUGUGUUAUGUGUAGAGGUGGUAAAUCAUUUGCAUUUAUUUGAAAUGUGAACUGUUUAAAUAAAUAUUUAUGGAUCAUG